AUGGAAGAGUAUACAGCAUGUGGUCUACUGGUUAUCUAUUGGCUUGGGUUUCUAAUGUACUGCAUUAUCCAAUACUUUUUUCCAAGAAGAGAAAAGAAUUAUCCAACUGUGUUAUGUGAUGAUAAAGUGCUACUCAUUCGUCACGUCAAAAAUCCAAACCGUUUGGGAGUGAUUAAAAUCUAUCCAUCUCAAUUUUCCAAUUCUGCUGACGUUCAUCGAGAGUUAAUUAUCAUGAAACGUCUCAAAGAUGUCCAAGGUGUGAGUCAUCUGAUUGAACCAGAAAAUACAUCGAAUAAUCUUAUUCGAUCACAUGCAACCAGUGACAAAUUGUGGAUGAUUAUGGAACGAGCACCUGGCUGCUCGUUGAAAGACUUCAUCGAAGGACGGCUUACCAAUGAGCUUGACAUCGAGUCCAUUAUUCAACUGACACUCAAACUGACUAUUAUUCUUCGAAAUGUUCAUCACAGAAAGGUGUUCCAUCAAAAUCUCUCACCAGAGAAUAUCAUGAUUGACUGGGAUUGUAAGCGCUCGAUGAAUGAUGCUCAACUGACUGUGAUCAAUUACAGUCAAGCAACAAUGGUAUCCGAUGAAGCAUACAUCUCAACAUCAUCGCCAACACACAAAUGGUAUGAUCCACCGCAAUCAAGCGAUGGAGCAUUCGUUUCGACAGUUGAUAUAUCUGGCAUUUGUGCUAUUCUCUUCUGGUUGUUGACACAGAGAACACUUGUACACGCCAGAGAUGAACUGCCUCAUCUACAAUUUUAUGAUAGAAUCAAUGAUGUUAGCCAAAAUGCUGCUAAAUCCAUCGGACGAACGGCCACUCUUGGAGAUCAACUGAGAAAAUACUUACUGAAUACAUUUGACCGUGCUUUUGGCUAUCCAGGUCAUCAUCCAUGGACAUUUGAUGAUUUCGAAUGUCGUCUCAAGUCAAUUCUUCAGUUACUCAUCCCGGUCGAACCAAAACUUGAUGCAGUUGAUGGUAUAAUACAGGAGUUGGCGUCUAUCGCCGAAGCAUCAUCGGCUACUUCGACCAUGAUGGACAACGUUUAUGAAGAUAAGUUUAAGCAGGCGUCGCAAGCAUUCUGUCAAUCGAAAAAAAAUUUCGUUGACGCCGGCCGAAAUCAAUAUGUAUGGUCUGAUGGCGGUUGUGCAUGGGUUUGUCAUCCGCACAAGUCAAUGAAUGAAUGUUACAGUGAUGAUAUACUAACAUAUCAGUCAAGUCGAGGACGAAUAACAAUUACGUAUUCAAUCAUUGUUAGGUGUUUAGCAAAAUGUAAUGAAGAAGGUCGCGCGAUUGUAUUGUCGAUCAGUAGUGAUGUGAAUGGCAGAACGAUCGAAAUUCCAAUCGGCGAAUAUUCGACCGCCCAGGACUAUCAAAAGAAUGUGGUUGAACUUUUUCAAGUAGAGCUAAAGAACUUAUUUUUAGCCAUUUAUAAACAACGGAUAGAAAAACUUUCAUAA